GCCUGCUGCUGCUGCUGCCCGUGAGGAGCGUUGGAUUGUGGGUAUCUGGUGUUUCCUGGUAGGCUCUCUGACAGAGUCGGUCAGCUGUUGCAGGAAAGUUCUGACAUAGUUUGAUAUCUUUCUGUAUAUCUAGUGUUUUAUUAGAUGUUCAUCGUAACCACAUUUCCUGCGUGCGUCAUUUCAUCUGUCUACUCCAUCGAGCUCCGUCCUGUAAACUAGCUGCAUAACUAUAUAUAUAUAUAUAUAUAUAUAUUUAUUUAUAACUUAGUCCAAAGUAACUUGGAGCAACUUUCCGGAAUGAGUUUGAACGAGCACUCUCUGCAGGCUCUGUCCUGGAGAAAACUGUACCUGAGCAGAGCCAAGUUAAAAGCAACCAGCCGCACUUCAGCUCUGCUGUCCGGGUUCGCGAUGGUUGCCAUGGUGGAGGUGCAGCUGGAGCGGGAUCACGAGUAUCCUCCCGGGCUGCUGAUCGCUUUCAGCGCCUGCACCACAGUUCUGGUGGCAGUGCACCUCUUCGCCCUCAUGAUCAGCACCUGCAUCCUCCCCAAUCUAGAGGCUGUCAGCAACGUUCACAACCUCAACUCCGUCCACGAGUCUCCCCACGAGCGCAUGCACCGCUACAUAGAGCUGGCCUGGGCUUUCUCCACGGUCAUCGGCACCCUCCUCUUCCUGACCGAGGUGAUGCUCUUGUGCUGGGUGAAGUUCCUGCCCCUCAAAAGCAAAUACGACGUCGACAGCAAAAUAACCUCCGGUCAGGCGGCCGCCAUCGCUUCCACCUGCAUCAUGGUGCCGUUCGGAAUCGUUUUCAUCCUGUUCGCCGUCCACUUUUACCGCACGCUCGUCAGUCACAAAACGGACCGGCAGAUCCGAGAGCUGGAGCAGGUCAUUCAGCUCCAGAACCAGCUGGACCACCGGGCUGAGAAUGACGAACUGAAGGCCGUCAUCAAUUUUCCUUGAUUAUAGCCAGUUAGCACACGACAGCAGCGGACAUUCAACAGUGCCUUUUAUUGUGAAAUCUCUUAUAAAAGCUUUAUUUUUUAUGUUUAUGAACUGUGCUCAGAUGCUUUUUUUUAUCGAGUAUUGUAGGUUUCGACUCAGUCCACUUUUGGAUAAUGCAUGUUCACAUACUUCUACGCAAUGUAUAUGAGGAAAAUACCUUUACCUUUGACCUGAAGGUAAAUCUUUUGUUCUCAACAUUUCAGUGGCUUGCAUAAUGACAUAUCAAAUCAUAUUGCAACAUUACGUAUUUCAGGGUUAAUGCCACUUAAGGACUUCAGACGUUCACAUGAGUGUACUAUCAUAGGAAUUGGAGGGAUAUCCACACAGAUGUACUGUACAGUAAUGAAAACAUGCUGUUGUUAAUAACAAUAGAGAACAGGACUUAGUAUCAGCAACACUAGGAACAUCUGGGUUGAAUUGUUGACCCGAGGAAGAUCCACAUCACAUCAAAACAAUGACUAAGUUAA